GCAAGAACCAAUGGAACCAAUACAUAUUUGACAUUACUGCUCCGACUACAACUCCCAGCAUACCUUGUGAUGUCCUCUUUCGAUUGCCGUAUUCAGCAAAUGCUUUUCGUUGACAUUAUUCUGGCACUUUAACGUCUCGUCAGUUUAAAGUCGUUGUCGCCGCUUUUUGUUUCAGUAUGUGACUUUUGGGAGCAAGACAACUCUGUAGAAGGUGUUAUGAACAACUAUGAAGUCGUCCGUCAGAUUGGCGAGGGUGCGUUUGGUAAAGCCUUCCUGGUUCGAGACAGAGGGGGAGGUGGAGACAGACAGUGUGUGGUCAAACAGAUCAACCUCAGAAAGAUGUCAGCAAGGGAAAAGGAAGGGUCCAAAAAAGAAGUGACACUGCUUUCGAAGAUGAAGCAUCCCAACAUUGUCGCAUUCAUCAGCUCAUUUCAAGAGAAGGGCAGCCUGUAUAUAGUGAUGGAGUACUGUGACGGAGGAGAUCUGAUGAAGAAGAUCAACCUGCAGAGAGGAGUCUUCUUCACUGAGGAAAAGGUAGUGGACUGGUUCGUUCAGAUCUCUCUGGGCCUCAAACACAUCCACGACAGGAAGAUCCUCCACAGAGACAUAAAAGCUCAGAAUAUCUUCCUAACCAACGGAGGGAUGAAAGCAAAGCUGGGGGACUUUGGAAUCGCGAGAAUGUUGAAUAACACUAUGGAGCUGGCCAGGACUUGUGUCGGGACACCGUACUACCUCUCCCCAGAGAUCUGCGAGAGUCGACCUUACAACAACAAGACGGAUAUCUGGUCUCUGGGCUGUGUCCUGUAUGAACUCUGCACCCUAAGGCAUCCAUUUGAGGGCAGCAGUCUGCGGCAGCUGGUGGGUAAAAUCUGCAGGGGGCGCUACAACCCAGUACCCAGCCGCUACUCCUACGACCUUCGGCUGCUCGCUACCCAACUCUUCAAGGUCAACCCUCGGGACCGUCCCUCGAUCAGCUCUGUCCUCAGGCGUCCCUUCCUGGAGAAGCACAUCAGCAAACACCUGGACCCACAGAUGAUGCAGGAAGAGUUCAGCCACACGGUGCUGCAUCGAAACAGAGCAGCAGCAUCUCAAGCUGCUAAAACGAGAGCAGAAGCAGCAGUACUGUCUUCUUAUCCAGAGAAGAAGCAGAAGUUCAAAGCUGCAGAGAGACCCGGGGCCGCCGUGAAGAGGCUACCUGCUAAACCAGAGUGGAGAGUUCCACUCAGACCACUCAGAGGCUACACUCCUCCCCAAUACAAACCUCUUCAUCAACGAGCAGCAGCCAGAGAAGCUGCAGGGCAGCAGAACCAAAGGUUAAAUGGACAGCAGCCAGUCGGCAAUUACCAGCACCACUACGCCCAGCUGGAUGCCUUACUGAGGAGGAACAAGGUGGACGUCCUGCCUCCUCCUCCUCCACCUCCUCCUCCACGGGAGAGAGAGAAGGAACAAUAUGAAGACCACACUGGGGAACCAUACCAGCUUGUGGCUGCAGCUCGUAAUGAAUACCUGCAGAGGAGACACGAGGCAAACCAGUACAAGCUGAGAGCAGAGAAACAGUUGGGUCUGCGUCCGUGUACGGCUGAGCGCAACAGGAAGCCCGAUGGUCAGGAGCAGGAAGUGGGACAACUUGAACACCAACAUGCACCUCAAGACAGGAGACAGGGGGGACAGCAGGAGUACUUACGUCAGCUGGAUGUCAUCAGACAGCAGUAUCACCAUGAUAUGAGACAGAUGAGGCUUAGAGCUGAAGUAGAGAGUCAACCACAACACAAGCAAAGAACCUUUGUGGUGGAGAAAUCAAAAGACUCAGAACCUUCUGCAGACAAUAAAGAGCCACAGAGAGCCCCACCUGCUCAGGACAUGGAAGCAGCUCUGAGGCAGAUCAGAGAGGAGAACAGAGACCAGAGGAGAGCACUGGAGAGAAAACACAAAGACAAGAAAGGAAUCAUGUUUGAGAUCCGCUUAGAUGAUGAUGUGACAAAGGAGGAUGCAGAGAAGGAGAAGGAGAAAGAGGAGGGAAGAGAAGAAUCAGAGAAGAAGGAAGUGGACCCUCUGAACCAGUGUUUGAGCUUCCAGGAGGGGGAGGAGUUGAAGCAAAGGGAUUGGUUGGAGGUGAGGAGGGGGUGGAGCCAGAGGACUCCCCAGACUCUGCUGGACGCACUUGGCAACAUGGACGUUAACUCUGUCUACAACACUGCUGUCGCUGUCGAAGCUGGACAAGGUGAGGAGGCGGCAGGUCGCAGGCAAUGGGUCGAUGACGCUCCCAACACCCUGCUGGACGCUCUUGCUCAAGCUGAACUCACAUCAUCAACUCUGGACUCAGUGAUUGCAGAGGCAGAGAAAGACAAAGCAGAAGAGGAGAGAGAGGAAGAAAAAGAGGAGAAAAGGGAGGAGGAAGAGGACGACUCUGAUGUGGAGAUGGAUGAAGAUCGCCUAGAGCCGAGGUCAGAUGAUGACGACACGAACUUUGAGGAGUCGGAGGAUGAGCUGAGGGAAGCCGUGGCAGACUCCAUGAAGAACCUGUUUGUGAUGGAGGACGGGAGCUCUGACGAGGCAGAGCACGCAGAGGAGGAGGAGGCAGGGGACAAUGGGAUGGAGGAGAAUGAGGAUGAAGGUGCAGUGAGGGCUACGGACUCUAAAGAAAUUCAGCCGAAGGUUGAGGAUUCACAUUCAGACGUUGUUUCCUCUGAGCAAGAAGAACAUGAGGGUCAGAACAAGAACUCAGACAAUAACACAACUUUAAAUAAGCAGCAGCAGACGUCCUGAGUGCUCACAAACAUUAGUUUCUUUAUUCUGAAUGACAAUAAAACAGCAGUUACUGGA